AUGGCGGGCCUACCAAUCCACGACUUUGCGGACGACGUCUCACUGCUUCUUGGUGAGGUACUAUGGUCCUGGGAAUAUUGUGAUGGUUGUAAAUCGAAGCAACUAUGCAACAUGGUCUCAUGUCCACCACGAAAGAUAAGCCGGGCAAAGCGAUACUUCCGUUACUAUGAAGCUCUCGUUCUCGACUACCACGAAGGGAUGCCACACGAUGUCCAUGUUCUUAGUACUCAUGGGGACAUCUUCGCGGCCAUCUCGCGCCUCAGGGCGGAUCCAGACACGACUCGUGCAGGACUCGCCGGUCUCAUCGCUUCCAGAAUACCAUCACCGGCUAGACCUGGUGACUUGGCGAACGCCAUAACACUGAUCGUGAAGAUAGUGACAAUGACCGACUGCUCAACCCUGUACGAGUCCCCAGACAGACUGGAGAAAGGCACCUCCAAGCCCUGCUGGGGGGACGACGUGCCGUUCAGGGAAUAUCUGCAGGACCUUUUCAAGACACAGGACCACCCGAUAUGGUCAAGCAGACACGGCGGCAACGAGCUCGUUCUCUCGAGGAUAUCCGAAUUGAAGGCGACGAAGCUCAAGAAACAUUUGAAGCUGGGCCUUCGGCCGACGCAUGACAUUAGGAACCACCUUCGUCUGGACCUCCGCCGCAACGAGCUGGAGGUAUUCCAUUACGCAUCCUUCAUCAAACAACAGCUGCGAGCAACAAGAGGUGCUCACAUGCCCUUGUCUACCAUGGGCUUCGUACCAGUAGAUGUACUACCACGGCAGCUGCUCCUCGAAACUCUGGACUCGAUGCAACGGAUCCUAUUUCCCCUACACGACGCGAAGUCCAAGUUGCUCUUGAGUUCUCUCGUCGAUAGCCCCGACUACGCGUUCGAUCCCGAGACUCUAAAACUCGAGUUCGGCUCGAUAUGCACCCCGGAGGAGGAGAAUGUCUCGUAUGUUUACCUUGCGGACCGCCUUGAAGAGCUGUACCAGGAAACGAAGACUCCUCGACCGCGGACGUGGUUGGAUAAGCAGCUGCAGCGACGGAGUGGUGCUAGGUACAGUGAGUACUCCCAGAAAUGUUCAGUGCCCGGUCAUACCUCGUGCUUCAUGUAA